UGAAUGUAAAAAUAUCAAAUAUUUCGUUUAUUUUGGUUAAUAUCGAAAUUAUCAACGCUGAUGCUUUUGGCGAUAUUUCAUAAAAAAUGAGCAUAAAAUAUAAAACAACACUAUCAGUACCUGAAAUGGUAUACGUGAAAUGUAUUGUGACUAUUGUGGGAGAUGCAGAAGUUCAGGCGACUCUGUCAUGUCAUAAAGUGCUACAGGAUUAUCAAGAAGGGGUAUAAUGAAGUGAGACACUUGUGUUUUACAACACUGAACAUCAAUUUGAAAUAAAUAUAUAUUUUCAUGUAAUACAAUUUCUAUACCUCCGCGUUCG